CUCUACUACCCUCCACUGACCCCGACAACCCAAAACCCCACAGCCCCUGUAUGGGUCAAUUCCCCGUACAGAUGCAUGUGACUGAGGCUUUACCUAUCUUAAGAGUUUGUACUUUGGCCCGCUAACUCUUGUCCAGGUGGCGUCUAACUCUAACCGAAGAGUUUUCAAAGUUUUCAUUCUGCCGGAUUAGGACCAGACUGAAGUCUUCAAAAGGUCUCUAAGUCCUAAUGAGGUCAGUGAAUAAGUUAUAGAAAGUCCUCAAAUGGCAACACGUACACACAUCCACACACAUCGAGCUAAAGGACACUUGAAGGAGAUGUAACCUGAACUUCUCUGAGCCGCUGAAAGCUUCAACUGUCUUCUGAAAGCUGCUUUGUUCCUUCAUAUGUUUUUUGUCCGUGAACCCAGGAGAGGAUCAGGAAACAUUUGCAGAUGUCUUCCUCUCAGAGGUACUGCAUCUUCAGGCUGGAACCUCCUCCGCCUGUGGAGCGGGGAGCUUUAACCUUGUCCCUUCACCUCCCGUUUCAUUAAACGUGUUGACGUGCUGAGCGUGUCUCCUCUGAGGAAACGCUGGGAGGACGGCGCAGAAACGCUUUCUGGUCAUUCAGAGCUGCAGGAGCUGCUGGAGCAGGAGCCCAUCCAGGUAUGUGCAGGACCCUGACGCAAGCAGAGAGACGAAGCCUGAAAAGCGGAUUCUGAAAGGUCAAACAAGACUGGAGAUUCAUCAGAAAAUGAAUGAAAUUAGUUAGAUUGGAGUUUUUUUCAUAACUGUUGUUCUGCCAUGUUUUUUUCCUUCUGUAAUCGGACAAAUGAAGAACUUUUUAGUGACUGAACCCGCCUAAAACAGGUUAAAACAAACAUUAAGGCAAUGAUCUGGAAAUGAAAGAGCAUUUAUGCUACUGUGCUUCACCUGUUAGGAGUGGACAUAUAGACUCUGUUUCUGUAGGUUUUCAUCUGAACAGACCUUCGACUAGCGUGCUCAUCUUUUUCCUGUUAUUUGCUCAGAAGAGACAUUUGGUUUAAUCACCAGAAUUUGUCUCCAGGUUUAAACCUCUAAUGUUUAGAAACAGCAGCAGAAAAAUACGCAGAACUCUGACUCCUGUGGUGCAGGACGCUCUCACACAGCAGUCAGUCGAGCCAACAGGAUUCCCUGUUCUGGAGGUUUGAUCUUUUAAAUGUCACUUUGUGUUUACCUGCCGUUCUCACAGAAAAUGUUUCUUUUCUGGCUCCUCUGUGGUAGAAAGUGAAGCCGACUUCUUUGGCAGCCUGAAGCGGAUCUUUCUUAUAACAGCGGAGAUGUGAAAUAUUAAGCAAAAAGUGAUUUUAUGGUCAUUUUUCCCCUCUAGGAAGUGAAAGGUGUCAAUCGGAAUGUUGCUGAAACCGUCCUGCUUGUUUCUGUUUCAAGCUUUUGUUGCGUUCAGGGGUCGUCAUGCUCCCCACCAACAGCACGGAGCUGCAGUCGCUCCUGCUCUCCUUCCUGCACCACUGCCUCAACGGCACCAACCUCCACGCUCAGAACCACACCACCCAGCAUGCCGUGCAGGCUGGGGGCGGAGUCCGGGCCCAGUCGCAGGGCGUCGUGUACAUUUUCCUGGUGGUGGGCAUGUUCAGCUUCUGCUCCUUCGGCAUCAUGCUCAGCUACAUCCGCUCCAGGAAGCUGGAGAGCUCCCAGGACCCGUACCACCAGUACAUCGCACACGACUGGACCGCCGUGGCGGCGCCGAGCCGGGUCGUGGCCGAGGCCCUCCACAGGGAGGCUGGCAGGGAGGGGCCCAUUAUCUUCUGCAACCCCGCAGCAGCUGCAGGGGCCGAGCACGGCCUCCAGUGAUCUGAACGUAAAAACUGAGGACUUCCUGGAACGUUGGUCACCAGGAAACACGCGACUCAGUGAACGUGUCCUGGAAUUACAAGAUUAAUGUCAGACUUGGACGCACGGACCUGACAAACAACUACAACUGUGCAAAAAUACAAGUAACACCCAAAGAAACCUUCUGCUGAUGUGGAGGAACAUUUGACUGUAAUAUUAUUUGGUUUGACUUCAUAAAAAGUUAAAAACAAAACACGCUAAACCGAAACAAAAUGAAGGAAAACCACGAGUGACGGCGUAUGGCCCUGGACACGCCCUCGCACCCUUUAGACCCGCCCUCACUGUGGAUGGACACGCCCCUCAUGCUCCCCCUCACUCUCAUGUCAGAUCUGCAUGUGACAAAGUCAGGAAAACAACUUCUUUUCCUCAAAUGUCAGCAUUUCUGUUGGUUUUAUCUCCAUAACAACUUCAUUGGGAAAAGUAAUAAAGGUUUUUGUUCACCAGAUUUUAUGUCAUAUUCUUUUGUUCAGCUCCAGUCAACCAUCCAUGGAUUACCUUUUCCCUGUAUUCCGGUAAACAUGUGCGAGCAACGGCCAAAACACACCUUUGGCGAGCUCGCCGCGCUGACAAACUUCAACCGCCAAGGAGCUUCUCAGUGAUGCUUGAGGAGUUGGGAGGUGACGGAUCGAAGGCGGAGUUUAAAUUUGUAGAAGGUAAAGAAGACUUUGGGGGGA